CUUUACUGCCCCGUCUCUUCAUAUCCACUCCCUGUCUCUCUCACGGACCCCAAACCCCCUUCUCUCUUCUACUGCCCUCUCUCGCUAAUCUCUCUCCCAGGCCCCACUCCCCCUUCUUUCCUCUUCCCACUCCCCCGUCUUUCUCCCAAUCGCACUUCGUUCUCUGCAUUGCAGGGGCAAAUCUAGCUACAACAACACCACCAUCAGUACGGCCACCAAAUCCGAGGCAGGGGGUGCCCCCAGCCCCCAAACCGCCCAGCCAGACCAUGCCCACUCCAACACACCCUCUGCACCUCCCUUACCUGGAACUGCCUCGCCUGCCCUCAAGACAGAACAGAGAUUUCCUGAGACAGGAAAUGCCACCUCAGCCACCAAGGCGCCUCAUGACAGACCUUCUCCCUCCAUCCCCCAUAGGAUGAAGGCCAGGGCCCCCGGCGCUUUUGCUCUCUCGCCCCCUCCCGCCCGGGGGACCUGAGGCCACAUAUACCUGUUGUAGUGCACUGGGGAAAGGGAAACACGCAGAGGUGGAUGGCUCUUGUCGAUACAGGUGCCCAGCACACCAUCCUCCCAGGCAAUCCCGCCGCAUAGCGCGCUACAGCCCCUUCGAGCGCCAGCUACUCGCCCGUUACCUGGCGUUCAUCGACACAGAACACCAAACAGGCACCGACCCUGUUGUCCUCCGCCCCCACCUCCCCAUAAUGCGAUGGGUCACGUCCCCUGAUUCCUCCCACAAAGAGGGCCGUUCUCCAUUGUCAAGUGGAAGCUACAUUGCGGAGCGGGCUGAACCCGGUCCUGAAGGGGUCAGCCGCCUCCAUGAACAAGUCAUGGCUUUCCCCCAGUCCCAGAACACUGCCCCGGACAUCCCCAAGGUACAACCCUCCUCAGCGUGUUGGGGUCAACCCUUCGAUUCCCUCCAUCCCGACGACAAACUGCACGCCUGGUUCACAGACGGCUCCAGCCGCUGGAAAGGGGGAGACCAUUGUGGACAGCGGCAGCACUUCAUCCUGCCACGGGCAAAAUUUACCACAGAGAUGGAGGGGGGUUCCAGUCAACUUGCCGUGCUGGCAGCAGUAGCCCUCCCCCUCCAAAACACCACCGGACCAAUCCACAUCUACACUGACUCCUGGGCUAAUGGCAUUGCGGUGUGGAUGGGCACCGGAUGCAUUCCGGCCCUCACCCCAUCUUCCCGUCACCACAACAGGGACCGUGUUCCCCUCGACCUCACCUACCACCCCACCAGCCUCCGGAUCCAGCAUGUUAUCCUCCGCAAACUCCGCCACCGACAACAGGACCCCAUCACUAAGCACAUCUUUCACCUCCGCUCCGUCCACCGCAACAGACAGGAUCUCCCAGUUGCCACCCACUUCAACUCUGCUUCCCAUUCCCAUUCGGAUAUGUCCAUACAUGGCCUCCUCUACUGCCAUGAUGAGGCUAAACCCAGGUUAGAGGAGCAACACCUCAUAUACCGUCUGGGUAGUCUCCAGCCCUUUGGUCUGAACAUUGAAUUCUCACAUUCACGUUGUACCUAAUAGCCUCUAUCACAUCCGCCUCCACCACCACACGAUAUUCACUCCAGACUCCCACCAUGAUGGGAAUGAAAAACAAAACUUGAAACGCAAAUCUCCUUUAACCAUUCUGAGUCAGGUUUUUAACAUCAUUGUUUUUUCUAAUUGUUUUUUUUUCGACAGCAGCUAUGCAGAGAAAAUAUACAAAAUUACACAAAAUUACAAAAUACUUCAAUAGUGCAAAAAGGUCCAAUGAGGAUGUGUUCCCCCUUUCCCCUGAAGUGCAUGCCCACUGGCAAUGGACAUUUCCUCCUUAGAGAAAAAAUCCCAGCUGUCCACUCUGUCUGUGUCUCUCACAUUCCUGUAAACGUCUGUCAGACCUCCCUCAGCCUCUGCCACUCCGGAGAAAAUUCCCCGAGAUUGUCCGGUCUCACUUUAUCCAGGCAGCAUCCUGUUAAGCGUCUUUCACUCACCAACCAAAACCUCUUCAUUAUUCCUGCAUUCGAAUGCAAUUCUCCAGAUCUGGUUAAACUAGAGAUUUAUACAACUGCAACAUAACUGCCUGACAAUGGAACCACUAUCUGGGAGUUAUGAACUCGGAUUCCAAGAUCCCCCUGUAGAUCAACACAGUCCAAUCUCACCCCAUGAAUAUAACAGCAAAGAGAUAAUGCUGAGGCUUUAUAAGACACGAGUCAGGCCACACUUGGAGUACUGUCAACAGUGUUGGGCCCCACAUCUCAGACAGGAUGUGUUGUCAUUGGAGAGAGUCCAGAGGAGGUUCAGAAGGAUUAUUUCGGGAAUGAAGGGGUUAAAAUGAGGAGCACUUGGCAGCUUUGACCCUGUGCUCACUGGAGCUCAGAAAAAUGCGGGGCAUCUCAUUGAAACCUACCGAAUGUUGAAAGGACUGGAUAAGGUGGAUGUGGAGAAGGUAUUUCCUAUGGUGGGGCACAGCCACAAAGUUGAGGGGCCACCUUUUCAAACAGAGGUAAGCAGGAUUUUUUUUUAUUAGCCAAGGUGUUUUGGAUCUGUGGAAUGCUCUGCGACAGACUGCGGUGGAGGCCGAGUGUGUGGGUAUAUUCAAGGCGGAAGUUGAUCGUUUCCUGAUCGGUCAGGGCAUCAAUGGAUAUGGCGGGAGGUCAGAUAUCUGGAAUUGAGUGCGAUCUGGGAUCUGCCAUGAUGGAAAGGUGGCUGACUCAAUGGGCUGAAUGGCCUAAUUCUGUUCCUAUGCCUUAUGGCCUUAUGAACACAAGCCCCCUCAAUCAUGAUGAAUCUCCUCUGCACUCUUCCAGCACAAAACAUCCUUUGUACAGAAUGCUAAGCGGAACUGAAUGUAACUUUUCAAGAACGUUGUCAAGUCAGGCAGCAUCUGUUGAGGGGAAUAGCAACUGAUGGUUGGGACAGAAACCCUCAAUUACGGCACUAACACAGGCGCUUCGGCCCAACCUUUCCAUACCGUCCUACAGUUCAUUUAAACUAAUCCCUCUGCCUGUCUUUGACACAGAACACAGAAAUCUACAGCACAUUACAGGCUCUUCAGCCCACAAUGUUGAACCAACCAUGUAACCUACUCCAGAGACUGCCUAGCAUUUCUUGAUCGUAUAUCCCUCUAUGUUUCUAAGCCCCAUGAACCUAUCUAAGAGUCUCUUAAAAUAUCCUAUUGUAUCCACCUCCACCAUCGCUGCCAGCAGCCCAUUCCAUGCACCCACCAUCUCUCUGUAAGAAACUUACCCCUGACAUUCCCUCGGUACCAACUUCCAAGCAGCCUAAAACUACGUCCCCUUGUGUAAGUCACUUCAAGCCUGGGAAAAUGCCUCCGGCUAUCCACAUGGUCAAAGCCUCUCAUCAUCACCUAUAUCAGGUCACCUCUGAUCCUCCGUCGCUCCAAGAAGGAAAGUCCAAAUUCACUCAAUCUAUUAUCAUAAGGCUGCUCUCCAAUCCACGAGCAACAUCCUUGUAAAUCUACUCUACACUCUCUAUAGUAUCCACAUCCUUCCUGUAGUGAGGCCACCAGAACUGAACACAGGACUCCCAAGUGGGGUCCAACUAAGUCCACAGCCCUGCCGUGUUGGGGUACAAUUACUUAUGUACAGGUUCGGAGAAAUAUAGCUUCAACAUCACCUCACAGCUGUUGAACUCAAUCCCACCGUUGAUGAAGGCCAUCACACCAGACGCCUUCCUAACAACACUGCCAACCUCCACAGCAGCUUUGCACGGACAUGGACCCCAAGAUCUCUCUGACCCUCCACACUGCCAGGA